AUAUGUUGUAAUACUUGCCAAAUGUGUCGCCGAGUGCCGAGUGAGGCAGAGGUGGCGAGCAGUGUUGGACCCGACCCUCGGUAGGUGUGGAGAAGCUGCUGGACGAGGUGCAUCACAUUCAGACGUCUCGUACACCCGCACCAUGAUCACUAACGCCGGAAAGCUUGCAGGCCGUACUUUGUUCAUCACAGGAGCCAGUAGAGGCAUUGGUAAAGCCAUUGCUCUUAAAGCAGCUCAGGAUGGUGCCAACAUUGUAAUAGCAGCCAAAACUGCAGAGCCUCAUCCAAAAUUGCCAGGAACAAUCUUUACUGCUGCAAAAGAGAUUGAAUCGUUAGGAGGGCAUGCUCUGCCAUGUGUUGUGGAUGUUCGCGAUGAGGAAUCUGUGCGGCAGGCUGUAGAUAAUGCUGUGAAGCAAUUUGGUGGGAUUGAUAUUGUUGUUAACAAUGCCAGUGCCAUCUCCCUCACAGGAACCUUGGCAACUCCACUGAAAAAAUAUGACCUGAUGCAUCACAUAAAUACCAGAGGAACAUACCUUGUAUCCAAGUUAUGCAUCCCCCAUUUGCUAAAAAGUGCAAACCCCCACAUCUUGAAUAUAUCUCCUCCUCUCAACAUGAAGCCUCGCUGGUUCAAAGAUCAUGUAGCUUACACUAUGGCUAAAUAUGGCAUGUCUAUGUGUAUUUUGGGUAUGGCAGAAGAAUUCAGAGAUGAUGGCAUUGCAUGUAAUGCACUUUGGCCCCGCACUGCAAUCAUCACUGCUGCCAUGGAGAUGUUGGUUGGUGGUGAAGUCAACAAGCAGUGCAGAAAGCCAGAAAUCAUGGCUGAUGCUGCCUAUGUCAUGCUCUGCAAGGACUCAAGAUCAUACACUGGAAACUUUGCUGUUGAUGAUGAUGUUUUAAAAGCUGAGGGAGUGAGGAAUUUGGACCACUAUGCAGUUGAUCCAAGUGUUUCACUUAUGCCCGAUUUCUUUUUGGAUGAAUUUGACAGCUUCUCGGCUAAAAAAGCAGCAUCUGCUUCUAAAUUUGUUACUGGCACACAACAGCAGGCAGCUUCACCCGAGGCCAGUGGACAAGUUUCCCAGAUCUUUGCCAAGAUUGAGGGUUUCCUGAGCAAUGAAAUUGUAGAAAAGACCAAGGCUGUAUAUUCAUUUGAAGUGACAGGGGCUGAAUCAGGUAAAUGGUAUAUAGACCUGAAGAAUGGCUCGGGUUCCUGUGGGCGUGGUGACCCAUCGGUUACUGCUGAUGCCACUUUUGUUAUGAGCAGUGAAAACUUUUUCAAGAUGUUUACAGGUUCCUUAAAACCAGCAACUGCAUUCAUGUCAGGAAAGAUGAAGAUCUCAGGAGAUUUGGCUAAAGCGAUGAAAUUGGAAGGGCUCAUGAGCAAACUAAAAUCCAAACUUUGAGCAGUGAUGUUCUAUACUAAUGGUGUAUCACUCAAAACAUGUAACAUUAGUAUUGACUUUUACUGUAUUAUUGCAUUUGGCUUUAUUGCAACUAAGUGGAGUCAUGUGCACAUAGAAGGUAUUUUUAAUACAUAAAUAUUGUUUGGGAAAAUGUAAGUGUCAAAGAUUUUAUAUGUAACCUUGUCAUGUUAUUUGUUGAUGCAAAGGCUUUAUGCUACAGCAUUUAUAUCUGAGAAUGGUUUUCAAAGAUUCUAUAUCAACUAUUUACAUUCAAAUUUUGUAGGAUUUGUCAUACAGGAAAUGAAUUAUAAUUAUUUCUAAAAAAAAGUUUUA